AUGUUCCUUAUUUCUCGUACUUUCGAUCAAAAGUUAACACAAACAAUGAUUUACCUUCCUUUCAUCUAUUUCGGUACAACAUUCUUUCUUUCAUCGAUCAACUUUCUCGUGCACUAUCCUUGCGAUAUCCCAGACCAGCUUGGUUCCCUUGCUUUCGACUUAGAAUAUUUGAAUACUUUUAUUAGUUUCAUUUAUUUUUGUCUUUUUUGUUAUUAUAUGAUUGUCAACAUCCAACAUUUUGCAGGAGACCCAGGUAUUAGGUUAUCCACAUAUAGAACUAUUGUUUUGUUUGUUUCCAUCGGAAUUUCUAUUUUUUCUGUUCUUCAGGCCGAGAAUUCAGUCAGAGAGUCUUUGUUUUCAGGUAUUUUCCAGUUCGGACUUGUGAACACUCUUUCCAUUGUGAUGGAGUACAUGCAUUCAAACAAAGAGGUGUUUCUUAAGGACAUUUACGAAGAACCAAUGAAUCUUGGAGAAUUUUCUGAUAAUGCAAUUGGUGAGGCCAUCUCUUCUGACUUCUCAGAUGAAGUAUCUUAUUCAUCUGAACAAUAUGAAUAG